CGACGAUGAGGCAAAUUAUUCCAAGGAGCGUCCUCACUAGAUUUCCUAAGGUGCAUCUAGCCGUAGAGCGUAAAUCUAGACAUAGCGUUUUUUCAAACCGUGUAUUCAGUCCUGGCCAGUUCGUACAUCCAGCUGAUAGAGUCAAGUACUGGAAUAUCGUACCAAAGGAUACCGUCAGAAUACUCAAAGGGCGUCAAGAUAUUAAGAAGGAUAGUGACGGUAACGACGUUAUUACCCCCGUUCUCCAGGUCGACCAGUUUAAGAAUAGAGUCUUUCCUGAAUCCGGUUUGAAACAAAAGAGAAGUGUGCCUUUGUCCGCUAGCAAUCCGGAUAUCAGAUUCCAAUCAAAGGUCAAACCAGUUCACUAUUCAAAUGUGCAACUAUUCUUGGGAAAUUUACCUCCAAAGAAUGACCCAAAUGGUGAAAAGCUACCUACAUACGCUGUCUCUUUGAGACGUUCAAAGGCCAUUGUUAGAUCAAAAGUUAGAUUAGAUGGUACUAGAACACAGCAUAGAUUGGUUUGGAAGAGAUUUGCUACAAAGAUCAGCCCACCAGACCGUGAAUUCGACCUCAGCAAACCAAUUCCAUGGCCAACUUAUGAAAAAAUCCAACGCAAAGAUUACACAGAUAAAGAAACACCAGAGAAUGUUCUCAACAGGGUUACAUUCAAUCCAUCACCACUCACAAAAUCAACCAGUCGCACAAGCUACGAUUACAUCCUUGGUAAGAAAGAAGCAGGUCCAAUUGAGCUCGCAAUCGCCCAUGAACUUGCUAAUCCACACUCUAAACACAAGAGAGCUCAACGUUAUGCUGAAAGGCAACGCAAAUGGGCAUACAGAUUGCAGGAACUUGAAAAAUCUGAAAAAUCUUCAGGUGUAUGGACCACAGCUGCACAGGCACAAAAUGAAGCCCGUAGAUUGUGGACUAUUGAGAGAGCAGUUGCUAGAGCUGAACAAAAACUCGUUGAUAGCCAGGGUACACCUGAAAAGAGGGAAAAUAAGAGAGUACUGAGAGAAGCUAAGAAGGCAGCCAAGGAAGCGAGAAGAAGUGCGCUCCUCAGCAACCUCGUCCUCAACAAAGACGGAAAGAUUGUACAUAAGCGUGACUUGUAGAUAUUUUCAUAGAUUGAUUCAUUUUACUUAUUUU